GCUGUGCAUAGCACCGUGAUGCUCUUCCGGCCGGACUCUUAUCCUACUAAGCUUGGUAGCCGGUGGGGCUUUAAACCUCCGGGCCCGCUAGCGGGGUGGGUGAAUGAGGGAGUCUGUGUGCAGGCGUCAGCCCGUAACCGCCCCGGACGCCCUAUCCUGCGCUUCUGAGCCUGGGGCCUCGGGCCUCGGACUUGGCUAAAGGAGCGCGCAAGGACCGCGCUUCCGCUUCCGUUACCCCUUUUCCAGCCCAGGAGCGCCCUUCCUUGGGAGCUUGGCGGGCUGAGUGCGCAGGCGCGGCUCCAGGCGCGCGGUGCACGUGUGUGCGAGCCGGGGGAUGUUUGGGGACCCCCGUGGGAGGAGAUGGGCAGAAAGGACUGAAAUCAGACCCGUGAGAAAGAAGCUGGGAGGAGGUGACAUGGAGGACAGGGCCCUCCUACUGCGGGAUGGAGCUCAGUCUCCUCCAGCAUUGGCUCUUCCCUUAGACAGGAGGAUAGAGAACCAGGAGGGAAUGACUUUUGGGUUCCUGACAGCAAAGAUUCAGGAAUCAGUGACAUUCAAAGAUGUGGCUGUGGACUUCACUUGGGAGGAGUGGAGACACCUGGAUCCUGCCCAGAGGGACCUGUAUAAGAAUGUGAUGUUGGAGAACUAUGAGAACCUCGUCUAUGUGGGAAUUCCUGUCUCGACGACAGACAUGAUCUCUCUGUUGGAGAAGCGAGAUGUCCCAUGGAUGCCUGAGGGAGGAGUCUUGAGUGGCACCUGUCCAGGUCCCGGCUGCCCCUGGGAGAAGGAACCCGAGCGGCCGACAGGGGCCUUGAACGCCGGGCACAGGGGGAGUGACCAUGGAAAAGCCGGCCCCAGAGCCAGGAGGGAGAGGAGGAGCGCAGAGGAGCAGCCCCGAGGGACCACCGGCUCUCAGGCGUCCGUGACGUUCAGAGACGUGGCUGUGGACUUCACUGGGGAGGAGUGGAGGCGCCUGGCGCCUGCCCAGAGGGCCCUGCACAGGGAUGUGAUGUGGGAGACUUAUGAGAACCUGGUGUUUCUGGGACUUCCUGUUUCCAAACUGGAUGUGAUCUCCCUGUUGGAGAGAGGGGAAGUACCUUGGCAGCCAGAGGGAGGAGGUCCCCAAGGCCCUUGCCCAGAUGCUUCUAGUCAGGAGACCAGGUUUGAAAGCAAAGAAUCAAGUCCGAUAAACUGCAUUUACAUGGGGGAAUCAGCCAAGACAAGGCUUUCAGGGAAUAUCCUCUGGCAUUCCAGGACAACAGAAUCAAUAGGAACAAUGGAAUAUGAUAUUAAUUUAGAGCUACAAAACAGCAACCAGGAGAGACAAUCCAGACUAACAGCAGUCCCACAGAGAACAACUUUUAAUGAAAUGUCUGUACCACAUGGUAAUAAUUUGGGAGGAAGUUUUAAUCUGGAAUCAACCUUUGUUCCAUCAUGGAGAAAUCUUAUGGAGAAAAAUCUCCAUGAAUGUGAGACACCUAAAAAGCAGGUAAAUGAUUUUUCAGACCUACUUGUAUGCAAUGCUUUUUCCUUAGGGAAGAGCCUUUCUAAAUAUAACAAAUGCAAGAAGCCCUUCAGUUACCACUCGGACCUCAUUAAAUUUCAUAGAAUACAUGCUGGAGAAAAGCUCCAUGAGGAUAAGGAAAGGGGGAAAACCUUUGGCAGAAGAUCAUGUGUCACUGGGUGCCCGAAAAUUCCAACUAGAGACAAAUGUGAAUAUCGUAAAUAUGGAAAAACCUUUAGGCACCAAAAAAGAUUGAUUAAAAUGAAAAAUAUUAAUAUUAGAGAGAAGUCCUUUGAAUGUAAUGAAUGUGGGAAAGUCUUCAAUGAUAAUAAAAUACUUGAAAACCAUCACAGAAUCCAUACUGGAGAGAAACCUUUUGAAUGUCAUGAAUGUGGGAAAGGCUUCAGCCAGAGAGGAAACCUUAUUACUCAUCAGAGAACUCAUACUGGUGAGAAACCAUUUGAAUGUAAAGAAUGUGGGAAAGGCUUUAGUCAGAGGGGAACUCUCAUCAGCCACCAGAGAACUCAUACUGGAGAAAAACCUUUUGAAUGUCAUGAAUGCGGGAAAGCUUUCAGUGAGUGGGGAUCUUUUAAUAGGCAUCUCAGAACUCAUACUGGUGAGAAACCCUUUGAGUGUCAUGAAUGUGGGAAGGGAUUCAGUCAGAGGGGAACUCUCAUCAGCCACCAGAGAACUCAUACUGGAGAAAAACCUUUCGAAUGUCAUGAAUGCGGGAAAGCCUUCACUUCAAGUAAUGGUCUCAAAACACAUCAGAGAAAUCAUACCGGAGAAAAGCCUUUUGAAUGUCAUGAAUGUGGGAAAGCUUUCAGUGAGCGGAAAGUACUCAGAAUCCACCAAAGAACUCACACUGGAGUGAAACCCUUUGCAUGUAACCAAUGUGGGAAGGCCUUCAGUGACAAUAACGUCCUCAAAAGUCAUCAGAGAACUCACACUGGAGAAAAACCCUUUGAAUGUGAGAAUUGUGGCAAAGGCUUCAGUCAGAAAGGAACACUUAUUAGCCAUCAGAGAACUCACACUGGAGAGAAGCCCUUUGAAUGUCAGGAAUGUGGCAAAGGUUUCAGCUGGAGGGCCAGCCUUAUUGCCCAUCAGAGAACGCACACUGGAGAGAAACCCUUUGAAUGUCAUGAAUGUGGAAAGGGCUUCAGACAGAGGGCAAACCUCACCACACAUCAGAGAACUCACACUGGAGAGAAACCUUUUGAGUGUAAUCAAUGUGGGAAAGCUUUCAGUAAGAGUAAUAUUCUCAAAACACAUCAAAGAAUUCACACUGGAUUGAAACCAUUUGAAUGUGAUCAAUGUGGAAAGGCCUUCAGUGAUGGUAAUGUUCUCAAAAGCCAUCAGAGAACUCAUACUGGAGAGAAACCUUUUGAAUGUCAGGAAUGUGGAAAAGGCUUUAGUUGGAGGGCUAGCCUUAUUACCCAUAUGAGAACUCAUACUGGCGAGAAACCCUUUGAAUGUCAUGAAUGUGGGAAAGCUUUCAGUGAGUGGGGAUCAUUUAAUAAACAUCAGAGGACUCAUACUGGAGAGAAACCCUUUGAAUGUCAUGAAUGUGGGAAAGGAUUCAGACAGAGAGUAAACCUCAUUACCCAUCAGAGAAUUCAUACUGGUGAGAAACCUUUUGAAUGUAAUCAGUGUGGGAAAGCCUUCAAUGAGAAGGGACACCUUAUUAGACAUCAGAGAACUCAUACUGGAGAGAAAGCCUUUGAGUGUAAUGAAUGUGGGAAAGCCUUCAAUGAGAGGGGGUCCUUUAAGAGACAUCAGAGAACUCAUACUGGAGAGAAACCCUUUGAAUGCUAUGAAUGUGGGAAAGGAUUCAGACAAAGAGGAAACCUUGUUACCCAUCAGAGAAUUCAUACUGGUGAGAAACCUUUUGAAUGUAAUCAGUGUGGGAAAGCCUUUAGUGAGAAGGGACACCUCAUCAGACAUCAGAAAACUCAUACUAGAGAGAAAUCCUUUGAGUGUAAUGAAUGUGGGAAAGCCUUCAAUGAGAGGGGGUCCUUUAAGAGACAUCAGAGAACACACACUACUGGGAAGUCUUUUAAAUAUGAUGAAAAUGGGACAGCCAUUAGUCAAUAGGGAACCCUUAUUAGUCAUGAGUCAACUUACACUGGAGAAAACUCUUUGAAUAUACUUAAAGUAGGAAAGGAUUCAGACAGUGGACAAGCCUUAUCAUAAACCUAACAGAAGACUCAGUUUAGAGGGAAAAAAUGGAUAUUUGGAAGGCUUCAACGAGAAAACAAACUUACUAGACAUCAGAGAAUUUGUAGGGGAGAAAAACUGUUUGAAUAUUUUAUGUAUAUAUGUAUGUACUAAGACCUCCAGCACCAAUAAAACAACUUAUGUAUUGACUACAGUAAUGUAAAACACCCUUGAAAAUUUUUAGAAAUCUAAUCAGUGAAAUGAUAAUUUACAUUGAUUUAUCUGUAAUCAGUAAUCAGAAGACUAAUUGGCAGUGAAGUCAUUGACUAUAUAUUCAUUAUAGGAAAUACAUUUUCAGACACAGCUGAGGGGAGUUCAUUUUGUUUAACUAUACUUACUUAUUACCAGAGAGGGCUUUUAUUUGGAGUGGGGGGAGUUGUUAGGGGAGAACAAGUGGUUAGUAAUUGUUGUUGUUCAGAUAUUUCAGUCAUGUUCAACUCUUUGUCAACCCAUUUGGGGUUUUCUUGACAAAGAUACUGGCAUGAUUUGCCAUUUCCUCCUCCAGCUAAUUUUGCAGAUGAUGAAA